AGUAUCAAUUUUGGUUAUUAGGAGAGUCUGAGAGCAGAGAGCACCGACAACAGCCGAUCUCGGGCACCGACAACAGCCGAUCGGGAAACUCAGGCGUCGAUAGCUGCAAUAGCAGGUCGUCGCCUCGUCGGAACUGGGGCAUCGAGUGAAGUCGCAGAUCCGAGCAGAUCCGGUUUCGGAUCUCAGGACGAUUUUGGAAGAAGAGAGAGAGAACCCUGCCGUCGAGUCGUCGGCACAACCUGAUCCAUUAACAGAGAGAGAGGAGAGAGAGAGAGAGAACUCUGCCGUCGAGUCGUCGGAACUCUGCCGUCGAGUCGUCGACAGUAGCAGUAGCAGUUGUCUUCUACUGAGGCUUUAGAACCGAAGCGAAGCGAGAGAGAGAGAGAGAGAGAGGCAGUCUUCUUCUUCCUCUUCUUCUUCUUCCCUCGGCGAAAGAUGCAGUAGCAUCGAUAGCUGCAAUAGCAGGUCGUCGCCUCGUCGGAGAAGCAGCAGAUCCGAGCAGAUCCGAGAGUUUCGGAUCUCAGGACGACUUCAGAUCUUGAGUUUCAGAUCUUGAGUUUCGGAUCUAGAGCAGACUUUGGUACUCUUGAUUCUCACACACGCCCAGCACGCUUCCUCCCUUGGUUCGGUUUUUGCGCAUCAUCCAUUUGCAGGAAGAAGAGGAAAGCAGAUCCGAGUAGAUCUGAAUUUCUGAAAGCGUCCGAAGGAUACAAGUGAUCUAUAGGACAAUGGCGUUUUUGAAAGUGGUAGAUGAUGGUAGAGAUAUGGAUCAUGACCCAGGGGGAGGAAGACCGCCGGAUAGGGGCAGGCAACUUCGCCUUACUGAUUUCUGGACACCUAAAUUAAAGGAUGCAUCAGAAGCGGUUAGAGAAGAAUCUGAGUUUCAAGCCAAAGAAGAUCUGAAUUCUAAGGUGGAUGACAGCAGAAAUCAGAAAGACAGAGGAGAUGGUGUGAAGAAAACUUUUUCUACUGUUGUGGGUAAGGCUUUACCGGACGUGGAGCAGUUGCCGGAUCCAAUACAUGCUGGGGCGCACACUAAGAUUAUCAUCCCGCAGGAGGCAUAUGAGGAGAGGCUGGAAAAAUUCAAGUUUGCUUUGAUAGGUAGGGCAAACUUCAAAUUUAUGUCUAUGAAUGAUAUUCGUAAAGCUGCAGGAGAGGGGUGGAAUUUGAAGGGGAGAAUUUCUUUGUCUCCUAUGGGGAAAGGCUUCAUUUUAUUCCAGUUUGAGCUGGAAGGAGAUAUGUCUGCCAUUUGGAGAAGGAACCUAAUCAAGGUUAGAGGACAAUUGAUUCGAUUCCAACGCUGGAAACCAGAUUUUGAUGUGCAUGCAGUGAACAACCCAACCAAACUGGUGUGGAUCAGAUUUCCAGGCCUUCCCCUGGAAUAUUGGCAUGAGAAGAUAUUGUUGACAAUGGCUAAAGGGGCAGGUAGACCUGUGGCCCUGGACAGACGCACCAGAUCGGCGGCAAUGGGGAAUUUUGCGCGUGUUCAGGUAGAAGUGAUAAUUGGGGAGAAAAGGGUGGAAGAGAUUCAGGUGGAAAGAAAGCAACCAGGAACGGGGGAGAUUUUUUGGUUUAAACAGUUAAUCGUAUAUGAAGAUGGGUUAGCUAAAUGUGGUUUUUGCAAAAAAAUCGGGCAUACUUUGUUCCAAUGCAAAGAGAAGAAGGAGGUGGAUGCUCGAGACACUGGGGCGGCAACCAUGGUGAAUGAAGGUGGUGCAGGGCGGAGAUCCAGCUCAGAGGGCGGUGGUUUGGGUGAAGGAUUUGUUUCCAAUUUGGGUAGAAAUCUUACCCAUAUGAGACAGCCUCCUACCAUAUUAAGAACUCAGAUUAGGGACAAUAGUCCAACAUCUAAGGAAGGUGUGCAGGGGCAGGGAGAUAUUGAAAUAAUUAUUCCCUUAGAGAAGUCUACCAAUACGGGAACAAAUCACAAUCGUAUGGGUGCAGCUAACAGUAUGGAGGGUAAUGGAUUGGUGUCUACAUUCAAUGAGGAAUCUGGGUCGGUGGAUGGAGCGGAUAUGGAUCAUAUAUCUGAACCAGGAGAUGAGGCAGAGAUUGAUCACCGUAGGUGCAACUCUCCCAUUUUAGAGGAGGAUGAGGCUAUCUAUGGCAGGGAGGAUCAUAUUGGUCCAGGUCAGCAUGGUGAGAUCGAAGAGGGUAGGGAUGUGAGGUUCGAGCCUCAAAUUGAUAAUCCAAAAACUCAGUUGCAGUACAAGGACGGGGCUAUGAUUGUGUAUCAUGAAGACGUGGUUGAAGUUGAUAGAAUGGCGAGCAUCCUCGAGAGCAAUAUGGAGGGAAGAAGACAGCAAAAAGAGGAAUGAAGAAGAAGGCUGCUAGGUUGGCCUUAGGGAAUAUUGUUUCGACGAGUUCCCCAGAAAUUAUUUGCAUAGCUGAACCUAUGUUGGAGGUGCAGAAAUUUCCAAAGAGGUUUUUCAAUAA